AGUCACUUUACCCCGUGCGAGUUCGCGCAAGUUAGUUUUUCUGAUGGCAGCUUUACAGGAAGUAUCUGAUACCGAGCCCGAAGUCGGUUGCAAUCAGCAAGAGGGUGAGACAGAAGUCUUGAGUGCAGUUCCUGCUGUAAGUGGCUUGCAGAAACAGGCCAGACUCCCACUGUCUCGUGUGAAAGCGCUGAUGAAAGCCGAUCCCGACGUAUCACUGGCUAGCCAAGAGUCUGUAUUUAUCACCAGCAAGGCAACGGAACUAUUUAUAGAAACAAUUGCCAAAGAUGCUUAUGUAUAUGCACUGCGAGGAAAGAGAAAAACCCUUCAGCGUAAAGAUUUAGAUAAUGCAAUAGAUGCAACUGACGAGUUUGCUUUCUUGGAAGGUACUUUAGACUGAAGCCUCUUGAACAUAGGAAUGAAGUAACUGCGAGUAGUGGUUCUGUCUAAGAUGAAUGUUGGUCUGGAAGCAUUGUGGAACCUUGUCUUUUAAAAGAAAAUGCUGCCUUAUCAGAAGAACAGUUCAUCAUCCACCUUUUAGGUUUAUGGCAACCUGUUGGGUACCUGCAUGUCAACAUAGUUGGAAUCUCAUCAUUUUGCAGUGUUUCAGCUUUUGUAUUGUACAUUUUAUAGGUGUCUUUGUUUUUCUUUUUUGAUAAAGUAUCAAUUUUGAUUUACAUCACAAUAA